UCUUCUGUACGUGCCUGAACCGCUAUAAGACGCAUCUUGCGGGUAUACAGUGUUUUUAUUUAUUUAUUUUCCCAAUCGAGGCCGGUUUGAACAAAGGAACUUGGGUGGGAUAAUAAAUAGCCGAUUAUUUUGGUGGAUUUGAGGCCUGUAUUUGAGCCUGAGUCUUUCUCACCUGCCAGCCAUGGACUAGACGAGAGGAGUGUGUGUUAGAGAGUGUGUGACGCAGACAUAAGCAUGGUGGUGAGGUGGCUGCUCAACUCCCAUUGAGAACACAGAAAAUGAGAGCGUGAAGCUGCAGGGCAGGCAGCACAGCCACAUGAUCCCAUGACUCUGGACAUGGAUGCGGUCCUGUCAGACUUUGUUCGGUCCACAGGGGCAGAACCGGGUCUGGCACGAGACCUGCUGGAAGGUAAAAACUGGGACCUGAGCGCCGCUCUCAAUGACUAUGAGCAGCUCCGGCAGGUUCACACUGCCAACCUGCCCCACGUUUUCAAUGAGGGCCGUUACUACAAGCAGCCGGAGCGUAGCAGCACCCCGCAGCACAUCAGCAAGCCUGAGCAAUGCCCUCAGAAACAAGAGGACAACACUCAGGAGAAGCGUCUGUCCCGGGGCAUUUCCCAUGCCAGCUCUGCCAUCAUGUCCCUGGCCCGGCUGCAGGUGUCAGGGGAUUGUGCCAGGGAGCAGUUCCCCCUGGAGAUGCCCAUCUACACAUUCCAGCUGCCCGACCUGAGCGUGUACAGCGAGGACUUCCGCAGCUUCAUUGAGCGUGACCUCAUUGAGCAAUCCACCAUGGUGGCCCUGGAGCAGGCCGGUCGUUUAAACUGGUGGUCCACCAUGUGCACCAGCUGUAAGAAGCUACUACCUUUAGCGACAACAGGAGACGGCAACUGUCUUCUGCAUGCAGCUUCUUUAGGAAUGUGGGGUUUCCAUGACCGGGAUCUGGUGCUGCGGAAGAGUCUGUAUGCCAUGAUGAAGAGCGGAGCGGAGAGAGAAGCUCUGAAGAGGAGGUGGAGGUGGCAACAAACUCAACAGAACAAAGAGUCGGGGCUGGUGUACACCGAGGAGGAAUGGGAGAGAGAGUGGAACGAAUUGCUGAAGCUGGCCUCCAGUGAGCCGCGCACACACUUUAGCAAGAACGGCAACUCCAGCGGAGGGGUGGAUAACUCAGAAGACCCGGUUUACGAGAGCUUGGAGGAGUUUCAUGUGUUUGUACUGGCCCAUGUUCUGAGAAGACCUAUCGUGGUGAUCGCUGACACCAUGCUCAGAGACUCUGGAGGGGAAGCGUUUGCACCCAUUCCCUUUGGAGGGCUGUACCUGCCAUUGGAGGUGCCUCCCAACCGCUGUCACUGUUCCCCGCUGGUGCUGGCCUACGACCAGGCCCACUUCUCAGCCCUGGUGUCCAUGGAGCAGAGAGACCAGCAGAGAGAGCAAGCCGUCAUCCCACUGACCGACUCUGAGCACAAGCUGCUAGCGCUGCACUUCGCGGUGGACCCUGGGAGGGACUGGGAGUGGGGGAGGGAUGACAACGACAAUGCUAAACUGGCAAAUCUUAUUCUAUCACUGGAAGCUAAAUUAAACCUUCUGCACAACUACAUGAAUGUAACAUGGAUUCGAAUUCCUUCUGAAACAAGGGCUCCCUUGGCUCAGCCCGAGUCGCCCACUGCCUCUGCAGGUGAGGAUGUACAGUCUCUGGCAGAAUCCAUGGACUCGGACCGGGAGUCUGUUUGCAGCAACUCCAACAUCAAUAACGGCAAGUCGAGUAAGGAGAAGGACAAGGACAAACAGCGAAAGGACAAAGACAAAACAAGGGCAGACUCAGUGGCCAACAAACUGGGCAGCUUCAGCAAGACUCUGGGUAUCAAACUUAAGAAGAAUAUGGGUGGCCUUGGAGGACUUGUUCAUGGCAAGAUCAGCAAGUCCACUUCAACAAAUGGUCGAACGGUAGAAAACGGAGAGCAGAAAUCCAAGAAAAAGGACUCGAAAACGCGAAAAGGGAGCAAAGAGGAGUCAGGCCAGUCAGCUAGCACAUCCUCUUCAGAAAAGGCAACCAGUCCCUCUCCUACAGACCGUGCUAAUGGUAGUUCACCUGUUGAGAGACCGCCAGGAUCAGGCAAAAACUCGGGUGAUCGGACACUGGACAACUGGAAGUACAGCACAGAUGUCAAACUCAGCCUGAACAUACUUCGGGCAGCCAUGCAAGGUGAACGCAAAUUCAUCUUCGCUGGGUUGCUGCUCACCAGCCACCGACACCAGUUCCAUGAAGAGAUGAUCAGCUUCUACCUAAGCAGUGCCCAAGAACGCUUCAGUGCUGAGCAGGAACAGAAGAGAAAGGCUGAGGCUGAGAAGAAGCCUCAAACCAAUGGGGUGGCACUAAAGAAGCCUGAACAGGAAAGUGUUUUCCAAAGGGAGUGUUCAGAUAGCUCUCCACCUGAGAGUUGCUCACCGGUGUUGCAACCUAGCCAUAAUCCUUCACAGGCUGUAAAGGUCCAAGAAAGGGGAAGCCCAAAGCUUGCUGCUUCCCCUAUCCCAAUACCCAUCCCAGCUUCCAUCCCAGGAUCCUCCAUGUCCCCUGUCCCUUUCUCCUCCCCUAUUAACGGUGCUAAGAGACCUGGACCAGUCCCUGUUUCAGCUCACUAUAGCCAUACGCCACCUAUCCAGAGGCACAGUGUAAUUCAUCUGAGGGAUGUCAAUGUGCAGUCAUCCAGCUACCAAGAUGAGUCUUACAAGCCAAUGGUCGGCACUCUCAAAACUUGUGCUACCUACCCCCAGCAAAACCGCUCACUGUCCUCUCAGAGCUACAGCCCAGCCCGCAUGUCUGGUAUCCGUACAAUUAAUGCCAUAGACACCCUCCCAUACAACAUGCCUGGGGAACAUAAGUCCCACACUUAUACCAACGGUUUCAACACUGGCGACAUCCGGGACUGUCUGGAGUUUGCAGAUGAGGAUCCGGCACCCCAUGCCUGGCUGGGGCAGGACAAAACCAAAGGGCAGAGUGGUGUUUGCCCAAUGUACUGUUUUCAGCAGAAACGUUGCAGAAGGGAGAACUGCACCUUCUAUGGCCGACCCGAAACAGAGAACUUUUGCUCAUACUGUUAUAGAGAGGAGCUGAAACGCAGGGAACGAGAGGUGAAGGUGCACCGACCUGGAUAGCCCUGCAAAUGCGCACACAUAUAUAGCCACCCCUAAUGUGUGUGAAAAAAGAACAGCAACACCACCACCUUUUUGCACUUUGCAAGCGAUACAAAGAACUGGCAUAACAUUUUCCUACUAUAUUUAAGAUUGGCCUCCUUGUAUUCUUGUUAUUUUACUCUCAAUAGCAAACGAACACUGCUUUACAAUGACAGGAAGUGCAACCAGAAUCAGUUUACAGCUUUGGCCAGAGAUUGUGUUAUUGUUUGUCCUAUGUCCGAUUUAAUUCAAUCUUUUACUUGUUCUAGAGUAAAAGCUCUCGUCUGUGCAUUUUGCUCAGUAUAUGUUGUAAAACUCCUUGUACCUGCAGAAAGAGAUGUAAAAGCAUACAUCAGUCUCUAAUGGAGUUCCCCAAAUCAUGGAAGGGAAAACUCUGUUUAGAGGUCAUUAUAAUGCAAUACUUCACAGCAUAGCUCUUUGGAAUCUUAAUAUUGAAUAACAUUGAUUUUGCUGUGCAUUGCAAAUAAUUACAAAGGGAGGGAGAUGCACUGUUCAGCACUCUGAUUUUUUUGAAAGCAAUAAGUUUGGUAACAACUGUCACCCCUCCCCCUUUUAUCUAUGCAUUCAUGACGUCAGCCAUAUUCUAUUUUUCCCCAUAUGAUUCUACGGGAUAUAGAUAAGAUUAUAAUAGGUCUGCUGUACAGGGAUUAUUAUGGUGGAAAAUAUUUAAUAUGUGGCAUAUCAAAGUGUGCUUUUGGAUUGAUUUUGUGGUGUGUGUAUAUAUAUAUAUAUAUAUAUAUAUAUAUAUAUAUAUAUACAUACAUACAUAUAUAUACACAUAUAUAUAUAUACAUAUAUAUAUAUAUAUAUAUAUAUAUAUAUAUAUAUAUAUACAUAUAUACAUAUAUAUAUAUAUAUAUAUAUACUGCAGUAUGUUGUAAUAUAAAGCGGAGGAGGGUUUGCAUUCCAUCAUGAUAUCAGAUGAAACCUCACUUUUGUGUGCUACUUGAACUUGACAUCCGAUACAGUAAGCUUUUGACUUCCAUUCAUUGCUUUCUGUAUUUGCAAUAUAUAACACAGUCAUGCUUGCGAAUGCUAAAUUAAAAGAACCACCUUACCUGAGGAUAUAUAUGAAAUGCAAACCCUUAUAUGCUUCAGCAGUGGACUAAAGGUGGAAAGCUUAUGAAACUG